AUGCAAGCUAGCUUAGACGAUUCCUGGUCUCCCUUGACUAACAUAAUUUGCCCUUCUAUAACUGCACUACAUGAGACGGCCGCAGCAGACAGCACAGCGGUCGGGACAGGGCACAUGGCUAGUGACUUUCCUUCUGGACUCUCAGAACAAGAGCAGUCAAUCGUGCAUAGGAUGUACAGUUCCUCUACCGGGACAUCUACAGAGCCUCCCAACCUUGACUGUUUCUCAUCCGCGGUUGCAGUGAAUCCGGCUAACCACGAAUUAACAGGGCUUCAUGACUUGGGCUUGGAAACAACUGGAGACGCUUCAGCAAGCGACGAUGACCUAUGCAGGGCCAUUCAAAGCCAUGAAGAGAUUAUCCAAAGAGAUGAGAGAUUCCAAGGAGUUGAUAUUGAGGAGGCCCACUGGCAACAUGACAUUCAGUCGGGCGGGGGUUUCUAUGUUGAUAUAUUUGGAUCCGACAGUUCUGACUCUAAUGAGAUGGAUACCCUCAUUCAAGAGCUACAGUUUCCAGACAGUAGUCAGAGAAUGAUCAGACGUUUCUUCGUGGGUUACACGUCUAAUAUACUGUCUAUCAGGGACGGCGAUAGCGUGGACCUAUGGCAAGCGCUUGUCUGGCCUAUGGCGCGUGACUGUCCUGCGCUCUACCACGCUCUAGCCGCAAUGACUUGUGCACACAUAAGCAAGAACCAAGAGCAACUCAAUCUACUCAGCAUGAAACAUUUCAAUCUCAGUGUCCAAGCUCUUGUCAUUAGCAUGGACAACGGCAGUAUGCCCUUGGAGGCUGCAAUUGCCACCAGGCUCGCCCUUGCCUUCGCUGAGUCCUGGGACUGUCACACACCAGCAACGGGGAUCACUCAUCUCAACGACGCCAGAGCACUCAUUCAACAGGCUGUCCAGGAGCGUUUUACUUCAGGACCCGUAAAUAGUGAACUGGAAUGUCUGAAAUUCCUUGUCAACACCUGGUUAUACAGGCACGUCAUUGCUCGCUUGACAUGCACCGAACCUACAAAUACCACGGUACCCGAGUCCACGUUCACAUACACUUCUAUACUACCCCAUAUAGAUGAGAAGGAGAUUGAUCCGCUCAUGGGCUGUGGUACUGCUCUCUUUCCGUCAAUUGGCCGCCUGGUGGAGCUUGUUCGUCGCAUCCGCGGCCGGCCAGAGAAUCGCAAUUCUCCUGCGAUCAUCUCCAGAGCCAUUGAAAUAAAGAUGGCUAUUGAAGACUGGGUCUCACCUGUAGACUCGGAAAGCUCGAGCUCAAAUAUUUCCGACUUGAUACAGACCGCAGAGGCAUACCGAGGCGCUGCGCUUCUGCUCCUUCGGCAAGCAGUUCCGGAGCUUCCCGCCUCAUGUUCGAUCUCGAAGUUAGCACAGAAGACUCUUGUCUUUCUCGCUACUACGCCGCCGUCAUCUCGGACAGUACAUGCGCAAAUAUUUCCGUUGAUGAUAGCGGGUUGUGAGACAUUCGACGACGAUGAUCGAGAGUGGGUUCGUCUGCGCUGGGAGCUCAUGUCACGACGCUUGAUGACCACAUUACCAGAUCGAUGUAAAGAUAUGACAAUUGAAGUGUGGCGAAGGAGGGACGAAUUUGAAACACGCCACGGCCUACGUGAUCUGAUCAAAGCUUACCGACCUUUUCCCAUAAUAAGCCGUCGCGCGAUGGAUACCUCGACGCUGUACGAUUCACUUCGUGUUCCUAGGAGUAACAUUGACAGCACUAUGAGUCACGAGGGCCUGGGGGACUCGUCUUCUGCAGAAACUCGGUCAGGUCCAAGGUCAUCUGACUUUCCGGACUCGGCUGCAUUCCAGAAAGGGACAGAUCCUGUCACAAGGGCUGGGUUUAUCAACUACACUAUCAAGGGUGAGCUGCACUGGCUAAGGGUUAUGGAAGACUGGAACUGGGAAAUUAUGCUCGCGUGA